AUGUCCACCGCUACGAUCGAUAAACCCCACCCACUCGAGUUCCUUAUUGGAACCUGGUCCGGGAAGGGCAAGGGGUUCUACCCCACGAUCCCCUCGUUCGAGUUCUUUGAAGAGGUCACUUUUGUGAAAGACCCAGCCGGUCGUCCUGUUGUUGCCUACGUCCAAAAGACCCGACGCGCCGUUGCAGGAUCAGGGUCAGGGGAGGGAUCGGAGCAUAAAGAUUUGGUGCCUGGACCACCGCUGCACGCGGAAAGCGGGUUUAUUCGUCUACCUGGUUGGUCGAACGAAAAGUGUGAACUCAUCCUGAGUCAACCUACAGGCAUCGCAAGUGUAGAAGUCGGCAGGAUUGACGGAACAUCAAUUGAUUGGACUACAUCGGGCAUCGUGCGAUCUCCUAGUGCAAAGCCACCCCACGUUACGCGGUUUACGAGGAAAUGGGUGGUGGACCUACGCAAGAAGACAUUUUCGUAUAUCUUUGCGAUGGCCACAGAGGAGACCCCAUUGCAGCCCCAUCUGGAGGUGUACCUUCGCAAGGUCGAGACACUAGCCUAA